CGUGUGGAGCGUCUGGUCGACCACCGUUGUUGGUCCCAGGCGGCUGGUCGAAGGCGUCUAAGGGGUCGCAGGGUGAAGAAGAAGGGUCCUGAGCUCCAACUGUUUGUGCACGAAGCGAUUGAACUUUGAUAAGUGUGGCGCCUUUGAUUUUCCUUUUAUUUUUUAUUGUCUAUUAAUUAUAUAGUUCCAGUAAUAUCUAUAAACUGUAAAUCAUUUAAUCGUAUCUGGUGUAUUGUCUGUUUAUUUGGGCGGGGUGGGGUACAUCACACAGCAUCCACACAAACUAAUUACCCAGUUUGGUGGGGCCGAGGGCUGUUUCCCUAGACGACAGCGAGCCGAGCGACGCCAAGACUGGCGGGGGGGGGCUACACCUCUUACACUGCUGGCAUUUAGGGCAGCAAUGAAAGUCCUCUAUCUCUCUCUGUUCUUGGCUGUCUUCUCUAUUGUGCCCCAGGUGUGGUUUAGGGUCCUCUUUUUUUGCCUCUAUGGUACGAUGCUAAGUUGUCUUUGGUCUCUCGUGUUUCCUCCUCUCUUCAGAAGUCCAGUGAAGUGCUGUCUUGAUGACAGAGUUGGCCUUUCUUCUCAUCACAUGCCCAGUCUAUCUGCAUCGUUUCCUCAUGAUGAUUGUAGCCAUAUCCUCUUGAUGACACUGAAGGAGUAGGGUGUACUUGGAGAUAUUUCUUAGUCAAAAAAUAGGGCCAAGGGGCUCAUGGUGUGGAAUGAUGACAGCUUGGCGAGGUUGUUUUCUGUCAUACACUGGCAUUCUGACCCGUGCAAGAGUGUGGACAGAACACAGCUCUGGUACAGCUUCAAUUUGGUAUGGACACUAUACUUGUUCGAUCUCCAUAUGCUGCUCAUUGAUCUGAAAAUGUUUCUGGCUUUGCUGAGUCUGGACUAGAUGUCGUCCUUGGUCCCACCAUCAAUACCACUCAUAAUUUGUACACCAAUGUCAAAUCUUCCCCAUAUUCUCCUACGCUUCAGGGAGGAUAGUACUAACCUAUUCAGUCUUUCUAUAUAACUGAGACUGUCAAGUCUUGGCAACCUCGUAAAUUUUCUAUAUACUCUUUCAAUCUUAUUGAUAUCUGACCAAACUGCACACAGUACUCCGAAUGAGGCCUGAUUAAUGGAGUUUUAGGUGAAAUGUUAAACAGAGACCCACCUCUUUCCUUGGUAUAAAUUUAUGAGACCCUUUUAUGUUUUUAUUGGAAUGGCCUUGUGAAUUUUCCCCAGUAAGUCAAAUAAUAUUAUUGUCCCAAUCAAAGUCCUUAAGUACUGUAUGUCAGAGGUAGUUUCUUUUUACAGUGCAUUUAUUGUCUACGUAUAAUUGUCCCUGAACCAGGAAGGCAGUUUCUUAGAGAUACAGCACAAUAACAGGCCCUUCUAGCCCCACGAGCCUGUGCCGCCCAAUUACACCCAUGUGACCUAUUAACCCGUACGUCUUUGUGGAAUGUGGGAGGAGACCCACGUAGUCAUGGGGAGAAUGUACAAACUCCUUACGGACAGCAGUGGGAACUGAAGCCAGGACACUGGCACUGUAAUAGCAUUAUGCUAAUCACUACGCUAUCGUGCUGCCCCAGUGCUGAGUUAGUCAUGUCAGGAGGCAGACCAGAUAACAUAUCAUAAACACGGGAUACUACAGUUGCUGGAAAUCCAAAUUACAAAUGACGUAUUUACUUCCGUGAAGGAUUUUAGUGAGGCCAAAGGUUUUUACUACAAUCUAAUGGUUUAAUGGUUACGGUGCUCUGUCGGUUGGCAUCGACCAUGGAUGUUGCGUCCCAGUUAUCUAUGUGAUACUCAAACCAGGGCAGUACAAUAUGGAGAGAAAGCUGUUGCCCAUGAAGCAGGCUCCCCCUCUCCACGCAGUUGAUGAAUCCAAAGGAAUGGCAAAAACCGAUACGCUUUGCAUACCUAUAAAUUGAUGAUCAUGGGGGAUAUGAAAACCCCAGACUUUGAUGACCUGCUUGCUGCUUUUGACAUCCCAGAUAUGCAGGUUGAUCCCAAAGCAGCAAUUGAAUCCGCACAUGAUGACAAUGAAGGGCAGCUGAAGCAAACUAUACCUGUGGACGAUGAUGCUCAGGUUCCCUCUGCGCCGGACGGAGUAGUAAGUGUUAUUGUAAAAAACAUUCGAACUUUGGACUCGUGCGAGGCUGCAGCCACGACUGCAGAGACCCCAGCUCUUGAUAAAGAAAAUCACCAUUCUUCGGGAAAUGGCUUGCAUAAUGGCUUCCUCAGUGUGUCAGCUUUGGAUGGAUAUUCUAAAGAUUCAAACAGCAAUAAGUCAGGCAGGAGUGAAGGUGUGUCUGUGGCCGAAGCCAAAUUAGAUCUGUCCAGAGCUGAGGACAUUGAAGGCUCCGAAUCUGGACUCAAAGACUCUGCCUUCAGUCAGUUCAGCCCCAUAUCUAGCGCAGAAGAGUUUGAGGAUGAUGAUAAAAUAGAGGUUGAUGAUCCUCCACUUGUCAAAGAGGAAAGCCAGCCAGUUUUUCAAGUUAGUGUACUCCCGAGCCCACCUGCAGAGCGAGAUUGUGAGAAGGCAAGGAAGCCAGGAGGGGAAAAUGUGGUCAAACCCGAAGUGUCUGCCCCGGAUGCUGAACAAAAGAGUAAAAUAAUGAAAAGCAGCAGAGAGGGCGAAAGCUCCACUCUUAACCCAGGAACUCUUGAGACAUUUAAGGCCCGAAAUGUAGUAGAGAAGUCCUCUGAUGAGAAUGCUGAGAAGAGCUAUAAGAAUUCCUCGGAAAAGCAGCUUGAGAAUAGAACCCUUGAUGGCAAAAGUGUCGAGAAAACUGCUGUGACUGGUGCUUGUUCUUCAAAUCUUAGGGCCAAAUCGUCUUCCAAGCUUUCCUCGUGCAUUGCAGCAAUCGCUGCUUUGAAUGCUAAGAAGGCGGCAGCAGACAACGUCAAGGAAACACAGCCAGUCUCCAGGGGCCCUUCUCCAGUUUUGAAAGAAUCCAAAGAAAGCCCGAGAGUCACUGAAAAGUCUCCUGAGGGCCCUGCAAGCCCGAUGGAAGUGGUGAAGAAAGCCAUUGUCAAGCAGCAGCCUGAUAGCCCUCGGAGCGUGUCCAGUGAAAACAGCAUGAAAGGGUCCCCCUCUUCUCCAGCCAGCUCACCGCCUGCCAUCCCCAAGGUCCGCAUCAAGACCAUCAAGACGUCAUCUGGUGAAAUCACCAGAAUGGUGACCAGGAUUAUGCCCGAAGUUGAGCAAGAGCUCGGUAGGAGAGGGUCAGAUCAGGGAAACUCUAUGCUUGUCUCAUCUCUUUUGUCAUCUCCUCCCACCGAAUCUCCCGUGUCUUCGCCGCCUGCAUCGCUGAUCCAGUCGGCACUUGUUACAGCUUCUGGCGCGGUGUCGCCCCUUGACGUUGCACAGAAACCAGUUACAAUUAAACCCGUUGGCACCGCUUUCCUUCCCGUGUCUGCCGUAAAGACUGCAGGAUCACAGGUGAUUAACCUGAAGUUUGCAAACAACACCACAGUCAAGGCCACUGUCAUCUCAGCUGCCUCGGUUCAGAGUGCCAGCAGCGCCAUCCUCAAGGCUGCCAGUGCCAUGCAGCAGCAAACGGUGGUAGUGCCGGCAUCCAGCCUUGUAAAUGCCAAACUUGUACCAAAGACUGUCCACCUUGCUAACCUGAAUCUCCUGCCCCAGUCUGCCCAGACAACGUCUGAACUCCGUCAAGUGCUUUCCAAAACACAACAGCCCUUAAAGCAGACACUGAUCACCACCUCUUCUGCCCAGCCUCCAAAAAAGCUAUCAAGGGUUCACGUGGUGGCCAAUUCCCAGAAUACGGUGGUUGAGACAUUUAACAAGGUGCUGAGUAGUGUAAAUCCAGUUCCCAUCUACACGCCUAAUCUUACUCCGCCAACUAAUGCUAAUAUCACUAUACCACUUCGUGGUUACAAGUGCUUGGAGUGUGGUGACUCGUUUGCUUUGGAGAAGAGUCUGGCGCAGCACUACGACCGGAGGAGCGUGCGGAUUGAAGUGACCUGUAACCACUGUGCAAAGAACUUGAUCUUCUUCAACAAGUGCAGUCUUCUUUCUCAUGCUCGUGGGCACAAAGACAAGGGUGUGGUAAUGCAGUGCUCCCAUCUAAUCAUGAAACCCAUCCCUGCGGAUCAGAUGAUCAUUCCCAAUUCCAGUUCAAGUGUCUCCUCUACCACUAUAUCUACACCGCUCUUGACAACAGCCAGCAGCAUUGCAAGUUCCAUUCCAAAAACUGUUGCAAGUAUAACCAGUGCUGUGAUUUCUGCCCCCGCCAGUUCUCCCAUUCUCCCAGCUAUGCCCCUUGACGAAGACCCAUCAAAGCUUUCCCGAUACGGCAUGAAGUGUUUGGAGUGUAGUGAGACUUUCCAGGAUGAGAUUUUGCUUGCCACACACUUCCAGAGUGCUGCAAAAGCAGGGGGACAGACAUGUCAGAUCUGCCAGAUGUUACUUCCCAACAAGUGCAGCUUCUCAUCGCACUUACGAAUACAUCAACACAAAUCUCCGUAUACGUGCCCAGAAUGUGGAGCGAUUUGCAGGUCCUCACACUUUCAGACUCAUGUCACCAAGAACUGCCUGCACUACACUCGCAAAGUGGGAUACCGCUGUAUACACUGUGGUGUCGUCUAUGCUGACCUAGCUGCACUCAAGUCUCACAUCCAGGGUGCUCACUGCGAGAUCUUCUAUAAGUGCCCUAUCUGCCCGAUGGCUUUCAAGUCGGCACCGAGUACCCAUUCACAUGCCUAUACACAGCACCCAGGCGUCAAAAUAGGUGAAGCUAAGAUAAUCUACAAAUGUUCCAUGUGCGACACCGUGUUUACGCAACAAACCUUGUUAUGCAGCCAUUUUGAUCAACAUGUUGCUAAGCAGAAAGUUUCUGUAUUUAAGUGCCCAGACUGUGCAUUGCUGUAUGCACAGAAACAGCUCAUGGUGGAACACAUUAAGUCCAUGCAUGGAACUCUUAAGAGUAUUGAGGGUCCCCCAAACCUGGGGCCUCAAGAACCAGUGGUCACAAAGCCUUUAACUUCAUCAGCCGGACAGAAAAAAGCUGACAGGAAAGCUGUUAAUGGCACUGACCGACUCGGGAAGAAAACUUCAAUCGUCGUGAGGAAAACUGGGAGCCGGUCAAAAUCAAAUAAUCCGGGAUGGAUGUGUCAGGACUGUGAAGAAUGGUUUCCUGAACGAGAGGACUACAUUUCUCACAUGAAGAAAGACCAUGGAAAGCAAAUGAAGAAGCAUCCCUGCCGUCAAUGUGAAAAAUCCUUCAGCUCCUCACACAGUCUAUGUCGACAUAAUCGCAUCAAGCACAAGGGUAUCCGAAAAGUCUACACAUGCUGGAAUUGCCCAGAUUCGAAACGUAUAUUCACUAAGCGGUUCAUGCUUGAGAAGCACAUUCGACUCAUGCACGGCAUCAAAAACCCUGAUGUGUCUCAGAUGACCGAGUCAGCAGCCAUAGAAGAAUCUCCAAAGAAAGAAGAUAACAAGAUUGCAGUACCGCCGAAGAGGAAGACAGAAGACACAGUGGUGGAGAUUCGGGCUCCGCCUAGAGGAGCCAUCACACAGCCAUUAAAGAAACUGAAAAUCAACGUCAUCAAACUGAAUAAAUGUGCCGUGUGUGGCUUUACCACAGAGAACAUGACUCAGUUCCAAGAACAUCUCCCCCAACACAAAUCUGAUGGCUCAACCUUCCAGUGUAGGGAGUGCGGCCUCUGCUAUACCUCUCUCCAGUCCCUAACCAGACACUUGUUCAUUGUUCACAAGAUGAAGAACGCACAGCAAGUUGCCAGGCAAAAUGGAGCCCGGGAGGAGAACCCAGCAGACUGUAAACUGAGCUUGGGCGAGAGUCAGGCCGAAAUGACAGUGACGGACAAAAAGUGCAAAGUGUGCUCCAAAACUUUUGAAACUGAAGCUGCCUUGAACACACACAUGCGAACCCAUGGCAUGGCCUUUAUAAAGUCCAAGCGCCUGUGUACGUCAGAGAAAUGAGGAGCAUUCAUUCACAACAUAAUGUCAAACAGUCGAGAUAACUCCAUGCAAAAGAGACUGCUUCAGCCGAGGCAAACACUGCCCUUUUGCAAUUUUUCACUUUUCAAUGGAAUGUCGUGUGAAUCCCUCAAACACCUCACCCUUAUGGACUGUUACGUGUCAUGGCCAGCAUCACUUUAUCACUUUUCAGCUGUAGUUUCAUUAAAAGUAAAACUGAAGAUUUGAAAGUGUAUGUUUUUUUGUACUAUUACAAUUCAGAUUCCUUUUUUUAAAACCCUGCAUAAUAGGUGAGUUCUAUCAGCACAGAUGUGACAAAUUUGUAGUGAGUUAAUCUUCCACUUUGAGAAGCUGAAAGUAUUCACAGAUUUUCUAUAUAUAUAUAGAUAAAAGAUAGGCAUAGAAUUUUAAUUAACAGUUAUCAUUAUAAUGUUAUUCACUGACCCAUUAGCUGAUUUAACGAAGUUCUGACAAGGGGUCUUAGCUUGAGACAUCGGCUCUUUAUUCCUCUUCAGAUGCUGCCUCACCUGCUGAGUUCCUGCAGCAUUUUGUGUGUGUUAACUGAGCACUGUCUGUUAUGAUGAGAAGUUCUCUCCUAAUGGGCCAAAUUAACCGCAGAAGUUGCAUUGUUGUUGUCCUUUUUAUCAGGUUAUCUAAUAUUUUGUUUUUGUGUAAUGGAACCCUACUUUUCUAGUUUCUUUUUUAAUAUCUGUGUUUCCCAGGCUCAUUUGCAUUACCAUAUCAAGAUAGCUUAUGCCAGAAAUCAAGUUCAAAUUGAUUGGAGCUGGAGAGGUCGCUGUGACCAUGCAUGCCACCAUCUUGUGACAUUACCAGAAAUUACUUAGUCCCAACUUCUUUCAUCUUCAGUUUCCCAAUAAGAAAGAUUUCACUUCAGAAAUUUAAUAUAAUUGGCAGGUAGACAUAGAUGAAGGUAUCCAAUUAUAAUAUGUGGGCCCACAUUUAGGUUGAAGUUUCUAGCUAGAAUUGUCCAUAAGAACAUAAGACAUAGGAGCAGAAUUGGGCCAUUCAGCCCAUCGAGGAUGCUCCACCAUUCCAUCAUGGCUGAUCUCGGAUUCCACACAACCCCAUACACCUACCUUCUUGCCAUAUCAUUUAAUGCCCUGACUGAUCAGGAAACAAUCAACUUCCACCUUAAAUAUACCCACGAACUUGGCCUCCACUGCAGUUUGUGGCAGAUUCACCAUUGUGAAUUGUGAGGAAAACAAAUCAAAUCAGAUAAUUUGUUUAUGAAGAUAGAAAGUUGGAAACUGCUCUUCCAGGUAACAAAAUAGCAAACAGUGCACUUAAAAAUAAAGGGAGCUUUAUCUGUUUGUGAUUAAAGCUCCUUAUGAUACACCUGGUGUCCUCUAGCGCAGGAUGAGGUCCCUUCUCCGUGGUAAAGUUGCACACCCGAUGUAUUUACUUUCUCCAGUAGUAUCACACUGGCACCUAGUGGUGAAUGUAUAGAAAGGCAACUAUAUUGUUCCCUCUUUAAAUAAACCAGGCUUCAAGAAGAAGGAAUAACAUCAGAUCCUUAAAAAGCAUUGUAAAAGUUUUAAAAAGGAUGCAAUCUGGCGAUACCUGCCUCGGACUUACAUUUUUUUUGGUGUACGAUUGAAUCCUGCAGGACUGGGCUUUCACAGUGUGGAAAUGUUCCUGGCAACUACUCUGCUGAUCUGUAAUGUUAUUUGACCAGGCCUCGAAAACUUGAUUAUUUUGUUUAGAAAGGUUUUACUUUUACAUACCAAACUAACUACAAUAUAUUAAUAGCUAUUCUGAGCCUACCAUGUUGUAAAGUCGAAAUUAAUAGAGGUAAGAGCACAGCGCGUAACUUUUUGAAUUAUCGAAAGGAAUUAUGUUAAUUAUCUUAAUCACUAAUGUUUAACCACGUACUUUAUUUUCUUGUAACUGUUUUUCCAUUAAGUCUAACCAGAUUUUCCAGAUUUGUGGAGAGGUCAGUUGUUAAGUAUAUUCAAAACUUUGAAUUAUUAAGAGAAUGUGCUUACAGUGGGGAUGUAGUUAAAAUUUAGCCAUGGUUUCAUUGAACAGAAGUGACCUUCUUGGACUUUAGCUUCCCUGCUAUGGUGACCUUUUGACUAGUCUGAUUUCUGCAGGAAGUGCAGUUACUACUUCCCACGUUUAAUUCUUUUAAGACCGUAAACAUAAGAACAUAAUUAGGCCAGUUGGUCCACCAAGCCCUUUCUGCCAUUUCAUCAUGUCUGAUUUAUUAUCCUUCAGCCUCAUUCUCCUGCCUUCUGCCCAUAACCUUUAGCGCCCUGACUAAUCAAGAACCUAUCAGCCUCCGCUUUAAAUAUAUCCAAAUCACUUGACCUCCGCAGCCACCUGUGGCAAUGAAUUCCACAGAUUCACAACUCCAGCUAAAUAAAUUCCUCCUUAUCUCUAUUCUAAAGGGACUUCCUUCUAUUCUGAAACUCUUCCCUCUCCUGCCUCUGCUCUCUGACCCAUGCCCCAAACCUGUGAAUUGUUUCCUUUUGUCCAAUUUGUUCUUUUCUUCUAGUGAACACUGUGAAUCCCAGUUGUGAGGGUUGGGAUAGGCUAAGGAAUUUGAUAUGAGGCAGAAUAUUGGUAUGGAAUAGCUCUUUGUAAAACCAAAGUGUAUUAUCACAAUACUAACUAGAUCCCAAGGGAUUCGCUUUAAGGUGUACAAAUAGAAAGAGAAUGCAACGUAAUUGCCAAGGUAGUGUAAUGGUUAGCACAAUGCUUUACAGUACCAGCGCUCCAGGUUCAAUUCCCACUCCUGUCUGUAAGAAAUUUGUACGUUCUCCACGUGACUGUGUGGGUUUCCUCUCGGUGCUCCUCCCACAGUCCAAACACUACCGGUUAGUAGGUUAAUUGGUCAUUGUAAAUUGUCCUGUGAUUAGGCUUCGAUUAAAUCAGGGGAUUGCUGAGUGCAGUGGCUUGAAGGGCCGGAAGGGCCAAUUCUGCGCUGUAUUUCAAUAAAAUAAAUAAAAACUUAAAAAAGUAUGUCUCAUGUGCAGGUUUAAUUGUUGCUUGAACUGAUGAAUUGCAAGUUUACUUGAUUUAUACAAGUAUUACCUGAGGUGUGGCUAAUAAAGUGCCGGUUAUGUUCCCAAUGGCUGCUAAUGUGACAUUCAUCAACAGAUUCAAAAGGAGGGAUAAAAUUAGUUGUUAUUCUUUAGCUGUGUAAUGCAUUAGUGUAGGAGGAGGUAUUUAAAAUGAGAAUUAAAAACACAACCAGGAAAGUUUGGCAGUACUUAUCCACACAUUACCUUGCAAAUUGGGAGCACUGUGAGGAAUGACUGCAAAACUCUCUCAACAAAAGUUGGUGGUAAACUCUAUAAAUAAUAAUUCAGGAUGUAGAGGAUUGUUAUAUGUGCAGAACCUUGUGAAUGUGGAUAUUCUACUUUUUUAAUAAUUGGCUUUUAAAUGUCAAUUUC